ACCCUUUCGUCAUCAAACUUUUUUUGUGGUCCAAAAAGUCACUAAACUCACAAAAACGCACUAGCGAGGUCAUUUUACUGAUUUUUAGCAGUUUCUCAUCCGGUGGCACUGGCAAUGUGGAGUGGAGGAAUAUUUUUUAAGGGGCAAAAAUGUCCAAUAAAAUAUGACAGACCUGUUUUGUCCCCGCAAGCCGUGCCCUUAGAUCUAAAACUUCAUUGAGCCCUUCUUUCGUCUAUUAGACAAAUCUUCUUUCAUCUUCCCCACUCUUGCGGCUCACCACUUCAAAAUCUACUCUUGUGGCUCUCAGAAUGCCAUGACUAUAAUAGACUCCGACAAGACUCUUAUUUGCCUCCGCAACGCCUGCAAUUUCGUCGGCAACCUCGUCAGGUUAAAAGGGCAGUUUCUUUUCGUCAACACCAACACCCUUUUCGACGAAAUCAUCGAGGAAAUGACGAAAGCCAUUGGGAUUAAGAAUGACAAGUCGUGGCGUCUUGAGGGCUUUUUAACAAACAGUUCGAGUCCCAAAAAGUUUCGCGGCCGGAAUAAGAAGUUGAACUUGGGAGCCAUUCACGCUCCUGAUUGUGUGGUGAUUUUCGAUACGGAGAGGAAGUCUUCGGUUAUUUUGGAGGCUGAAUGGUUGCAAGUUCCGAUUGUGGGGCAUGUUGAUUCGAGUAUGCCGUGGGAAACUUAUAAGAAGAUUACUUAUCUGAAAGAAGAUUUCUCUCUGAAUAGAUGAAAGAGAGACUCAAUGAAGUUUUAGAUCUAAGGGCACGGCUUGCGGGGACAAAACAGGUCUGUCAUAUUUUAUUGGACAUUUUUGCCCCUUAAAAAAUAUUCCUCCACUCCACAUUGCCAGUGCCACCGGAUGAGAAACCGCUAAAAAUCGGUAAAAUGACUCCGCUAGUGCGUUUUUGUGAGUUUAGUGACCUUUUAAGCCACAAAAAAAGUUUGAUGGCCAAACGGUGCCAUUUUCAAUAGUUUAGUGACCUUUUGGGCCAUUCACUCUUCAUAAAUUGAUAGUAUUAUACAUUAGAGAGAAUUUUGAUGCA